AUGGAUGAGUACCCUCUUUCUGGUCUAGAAAGUUAUCCACGUUGUUUCAAAGCUCAUUGGUUUAAGAGUUUUUCUUGGCUAGAAUAUUCGCCAGAAGUGGAUGCUGCUUUUUGUCUUCCAUGUUAUUUAUUUACUAGAAAAUCAAGUCCAUUCACAUCAGGAGGAUUUCGCAAUUGGAAAAAAGUGAAUAAUGCAAAAGAUUGUGCGUUUUUAUCUUAUGUGGAUAAAUCUCUUAAUUCUCCUCAUAAUAUUGCUAUUAAGUCUUCUAAAGAUUUACUUAAUCAAUUAUGUCACAUUGACAAAGUAUUGGCUAAACAAAGCUCACAAAAAGUUUUAAGCAAUAGAUUGCGUCUUAAAACCUCUAUUGUUACUAUUAGAUGGUUAACGUUUCAAGCUUGUGCUUUUAGGGGACAUGACGAGAGUCAUGAGUCUCAGAAUCGAGGAAAUUUUCUUGAAAUGUUAAAAUUAUUAGCUUUUUACAAUAAAGAAGUGGAUGCAGUUUUCUUGGAGAAUGCUCCUCAAAAUGCAAUAUACACAUCACCUUCUAUUCAAAAGGAAAUUCUACAUGUUUUUGCUAGAAAGGUGCAAAAUAAAAUUUGCAAUGAGAUUGAUAAUGCAAAGUUUCGUUUGAUUGUUGAUGAAGUUAGAGAUGAAUCUAAAAGAGAACAAAUGGCACUUGUUGUUAGAUUUGUUGAUAAGCAUGGAUUUGUCAAAGAAAGGCUAAUAGAUGUUAUUCAUGUUAAAGAUACUACUUUUGCUACUCUAAAACAAGAGAUUUGUUCUGCAUUAUCUCAUCAUAAUCUCAACAUUCAAAAUGUUCGAGGUCAAGGGUAUGACGGGGCUAGUAAUAUGCAUGGAGAGUGGAAAGGGUUACAAGCUUUAAUUAUUCAAGAAUGUCCUUAUGGAUAUUAUGUUCAUUGCUUUGCUCAUCAAUUACAGCUAGCUCUUGUUGCUGUGGCUAAAGAAGUUGUUGAUGCUCAUGCGUUUUUUCAAAGUUUGAGUAAUAUUAUUAAAGAUGUGUGCUCUUCUUGCAAACGCAAUGAUGAAUUACGAUCUACUUAUGAAAAUGAAAUUUCCCAUUUACUUGCAACUAAUCAAAUUGAAAAAGGAAGGGGGGAAAAUCAAAUUGACACAUUAAAAAGAUCAAGAGAUAUCGGGUGGAGCUCUCACUUCAACUAA